UCGAGACAUAACAAGGAUUGACCGACUGAGAGCUCUUUCGAGAUUCUAUGGGUGGUGGUGCAUGGCCGUUCUUAGUUGGUGGAGCGAUUUGUCUGGUUAAUUCCGUUAACAAACGAGACCUCAGCCUACUAACUAGCUAUGCGGAGGUAUCCCUUCGUGGCCAGCUUCUUAGAGGGACUAUGGGCUUUUAGGCCGCGGAAGUUUGAGGCAGUAACAGGUCUGUGAUGCCCUUAGAUGUGCUGGGCCGCACGCGUGCUACACUGAUGUAUUCAACGAGCAUAUAGCCUUGGCCGAUAGGCCCGGGUAAUCUUUGAAAUUUCAGCGUGAUGGGGAUAGAUCAUUGCAAUUGUUGGUCUUCAACGAGGAAUUCCUAGUAAGCGCGAGUCAUCAGCUCGGGUUGACUACGUCCCUGCCCUUUGUACAAAAAAACAAUCUCACUAUUCAUCAUCUUCUACUUCAUAGCUCAAUCUCUCCCUAAUUAUAAAUGUUUGGAUCCCUAUAAUAGUAUAAUCCAUCAAUUAUUAAUCAUAUUUAUGUAUAUACAUUUUAUUUCAAUAAUACUUUUGAAAAAAGUUAAGUCUUCUGCAUUUAAAUGGUAUUGGAAAGAAAAUUUAAAUGAAGGAAAUGUUAGGAUGUUUUUACUUGUAUUGAAUUUUUUUGGUCUGGUCUAAUCUUGUCUGGUAAACGUCCGGUCUUUGUGCAUUGGUCUGGUUUGAUCCGUUCUAUUCUCGUGUGACACGGAAAAUGAUCCUCGGUAGAAGAGGAAAACCAAGUCUAGAGUUUGACCAUACGCUGCAUUUCAAUGGUAUGAACCAGUUCAACACAUGAUCGAGACCCUUUCAAUUCUAUGAUAGCUGCGCUGCACACAUUAUAUUUUCCCUUUCUUCCUCUGAUCAAUUUCUCAUCUAACCCCACUCCAUGUUUCCUUCCUCAACUAGUUUUGUUGUUCACCCACUUUCCGCCUAUGCAGUAGUCUCAGAAACCGGUAAUCGAUCAAUCACACAAUCUAAUCAUUUAUUCCAAAGUAUACGUACGUGCCAGACCCUGACAAUUGAUCGAUCCAUAUAUAUGCAAGCCAUGUAUCAUAUCAUCUAAUGAGUGAUAUUCCUCCACCGCCACCUUGCUUACCACUAUCACCGCCACCGAAGGCGUCGUCCUUCUCCUCCACACGCCGCUGGGAUGGGAAGAAUGUGGGGCUUCUUGUGGUGGGAUGCACGGGUUCAUUAAUUGGUGUCUUAGCUCUCGUCAUCUUCUGUUUCUUUUUCACGAGGUAUUGCAACCGCAACUCUACUAGAGCCACAUCAGCUUCAUCAAGAAUACAUGACUCUGCCCAUGUAGGCCGAGUCUAUGAUGAGGAAUUGGCUCGGGCAGAAGUAGCAGUAGCCCGAACCCCAUCCCCAUCGGUCCUGGACAAGAAUACACUCACUUAUUUGGAAGAAUUUUCUUUCCAAGUCCUCCAAAAAAUAACGGAGAACUUUUCUGAGAAACAUAAGAUUGGGAGAGGAAGCUUUGGGUCUGUGUAUCGUGCCACGUUAGAUGACGGAUGCGAAGUGGCAAUCAAGAGAGCUGAGGUUUCCGCGUCCUCCUCUUCACUGCCCUACUCAUCCCUAUAUGUCCAUGCCAAACACCACAGGGUCCAAGCUAAGUGAACAACGAGCAAGCGUUUAUGUAUAGGCUCAAUCACAAGAACCUGUUAAGACUUAUAGGGUAUUCUUGUUAUGAAAAUGAUGAGAGAAUGCUAAUUUUGGAGGUGAUGGAGAAUGGCACACUCCAUCAUCAUCUCCACAGCAACGACACGAAUAACGCCACGGCCUCCGGACUCAUGUCGUGGAACGCUCGGAUCCGUGUGGCGCUAGACGUGGCCCGGGGAAUCAAGUACCUUCAUGAGUACGCCAUCCUACAAGUCAUCCACCGCGACAUAAAGUCAUCCAACAUUCUAUUGGAUGCCAAUUGGAACGCCAAGGUUGCCAAUUUCGGGUUGUCCGUGGUGGGACCGAAAAGCUGCGGUGACGACGACGUGUCGCACGUCUCGUUACUUGCAGCGGGCACAACGGGGUACAUGGAUCUCGAGAAUUACCGGUUGCAAGUGGUGACAACGAAGAACGACGUGUACAAUUUCGGGGUAGUACUCCUUGAGCUGCUCUCGGGACGGAGAGCAGUUGAAAAGAACGAAAAAAGAGUGCCCAUAAAUGUGGUGGACUGUGUGGUUGCGUACAUACUUCGAGCUGAUAUCGGUAGGGUUUUGGACGUUAGGGUUCCGUGUCCGACGCCAUUUGAGAUGGACCAAGUGGCCUGUGUCGGUUACCUUGCAGCAGAUUGUGUGACGCUUUGGGGCAGAGAUCGGCCGAGCAUGACUGAAAUUGUAAAAACCUUGGAACGAGCCUUAGCGGCGUGUUUGGCUCCACCAAUGUUUUCUCCUUCUAAUACCGAUGACUCAGAAUGCUUUGCAUUUUACUCCGUACCAUUUAUUUAGAUUAUUAUUAUUAUGGCCAAAUUGACAUCAAUAAUCUCCACUUUUUACACAUUUUACAAAAAUAAUCACUACUUGAAUAGUUCACAUCAAUAAUCCCUACUAUUUAAAUGUUUCACAA